AUGGAUGGAGGCUUCACAAUCUUGGCACCAUCCAACGCGGCCUUUGAGAACAUUCCCAACACGGUCAUGAGCAGUGUAUGGAACGCAAACGACACCAAAGUCACUGUACCACUGAUGCUGUACCACGUGCUAUCGACGCAACUGUCAAUGGCGACGCUGCCCAGUGACCAGGUGCACGCGACAACACUUCUUACCGAUCCGGCGUGGACAACGCUGGCAGGAGGCCAGGGCGUGCUCAUCAACCGGCAACCCGGGAACCUCGUCGUCUUUGUGUCGGGCGGCGGGGCGCGCAGCCUGCUCAAGGCCGUCGAUAUACCUUUCAAGGGCGGGCUGAUUCAGGUGAUUGACAACCUGCUGGUCCCGCCGGGACCGCUCAACGCGACGCUCGAGGACUUUCAGGACCUCUCGUUUCUCGGCGCGCUGUACGCGGCCGGGCUGUACGAUCAAGUCGCCAACAACAAUGGGACCAACGGUACAAUGGCGGGAGGGGCCGGCGGCGGGAAUUACACGUUUUUCGCACCCUCGGUCCCGGGGCUCCAGGUCGUCAAUGGCACGCUGAGCAACCUGACCACGGCGCAACUACGCCGCGUCAUGCAGUACCACAUUGUGCCCUCGGCGGUGCUCCCAUCGACAUCACUAGAGAAUGGAACACAUUACACAACUCUGCUGGGCGCCUCGGGCCCCGCCUUGCAUGUUCACCGGUCGGGCAACAACCUCUACGUCAACUCGGCGCAGGUCAUCCAGUCAGACAUAUUGCUGGAAAACGGCAUUCUGCACAUUCUGGACAAUGUGCUCAACCCCGACGUCCCGGACGCGGCGCCCAACUCCAACGGAACCGCCGCGCAGAUGCCCGUCUUUUCCGGCGCCGUCAACGCGAGCACCAUGGUCGUGACAGACUUGCCCUUUACCACGGCGCUGCCGUGUACCGCCAGCUGCUCCGUCCUGACAAUGGCGACGACCGUGAGUGCGAGUGCAGGCAACAGCAGCAGCAGUUUCGUGAUGAGCGCGGCUACCAGCGCCAACGGGACGAAAAGUAGCACGGCCACAGAUCUCGCGACCAGCAGCAGCAAAGCCGGAGCGGCGGUAUUGCCUCGGUGUAAAGGCUUGGGCGUAUUGGGCGCAAUGGGAUUAGGUGCCGUAGGACUGGUAUUAGAGCUUUAA